AUGGAUCCAGCGACCGAUUCUCCUUCGAUCAGCUCAUCGCUCAAGACCUCGAUCCCUGCCGUCCAUGCUUGUUCGAGCACCGCUCCUAGCUCCAUGAAUUACACCCCGCCUCGCGGGAAUACCCCCAAUCCCCGUCACUUGGCCAUCGCACUACACCAUGCCCGCCAUAUCCAAGCUCGCAAAGACACAGAAGCGGCAAUUUUAUCUUACAUUGAACUCCUGAUGACCUUGCCUAGCGAUCCUGAUGCGGACCCCGCUUCGCCAUCCGAAGAAGACGUGUCUACUUUCAAGUCGGCGCUGGUCCCGUUCCAGCCGUCAGAUUACGAUAAUUUGAUCCUGGAAAGGAACAUCGACGGGCGAUGCGGUUAUACACUUUGCCCCAAAGAUCACAGAAAAGAGGACCCGAAAGCGAAAUUCCGCAUAGUCUGGGGUCCAAAGGGGAGUGGACCAGGCGGGCGUGGGAAGGAGAUGAAAGUCGUACCGAAAGAACAAUUGGAGAAAUGGUGCUCUGACAAAUGCGCUGAGCGGGCUCUCUACGUUCGCGUUCAGUUGAGCGAGGAACCGGCCUGGGAAAGGAUAGACAAGAAGAAUAUGAAUCUGCUCUUGUUGGAAGAAGGGAGGGAAGGCCACCAGAUAGAUAGGAAGGGCAAACAGCCCGUUACGAGCAUGCCAACUGUGGAAGAUAAGUUUCGGAAUUUAAACAUCGGCUCUUCGAUAGAGGCGGAACAGGAUGCACUUGGCUGCCCGCCGGGUAGACUGACCGUGAAUGAUGGAGACAGUUCCAGAAUGCUGGCGAUGGAACGGGGUGAUUCUCCUACAAUUGCGUCUGACAAGGAAAGGGUGCCUGUACGCAUCGUUGAAAAGGACUCAACAGCAGCGUCCGCGCCAACGUUGGAGUCGGGUAGUAUGCAAGGUGGUUCGAUUGAGGGAUUCCAUCCCCAAUUGCAUCCAUACCGCCCACGCACCGAAACAUCAUAUGACAAUCCUCUAGAGGACGAUGACAUGCUCUUUUAA